AUGGCCACGAAGGUUCAUCAACGACCUUGCAUCGAAGCACUCGUUCAAAUUAUCGAUCUGUUCAAGGGGCAACUUACUGUGGAAGCCACUGGAGCUAAGAAGAAAUCAAUCGAGCGUCGUGUCGCUGCCAGCUACCAGCGUCCGCAUUUCAGCAACAAGCCUCGUGUGCGCUCUCGUUCUGUCUCGUUCCGCGGCCGUGACGAAGAGAUCCCACCGCCCAGUGUGGCCAACACUACAUACCAUGGCCAUUCCAGCCUUCGCCAACUGGUGCGCAACUACGGGGCUCCUUCCGGCAACGCCUCGGACAUCAGCCCCUCGCCCGGAAAUAAAUCCCGCUCGUCGAACUCGGCCACUCCCGGUACCAGCCGUAAGAGGAAGCCAUCGCUUUUCGACCCGUCGCCAUCCCGUACCGGCAGCACGAUGUACACCACUGCACCCGAGAGCUUUGAGACAAACGCCGAGCUUGCCUCAAAAUUUCGCGGAAUCUCCACCCUUGGUCCCAAGCAGCAAUUGGCCAACCAUCGGCCCGACUGUGAUCUCGUCAAGCAGGAGAGCAAGCUAUGCACCUGCCGUGGCAAGCAUUCGACCAAGCCCGGCUCGUCCUCUUGUGCCCCGCGUCGCCCGGUUUCGCCACUGACAAAGGGCCCGAUGUUCUCUUCCAAGACUCCUGACAAGACGCAGCCUUCCCGAUCCGCACUUCCCGGCCACAAACCAUCGUCGGAACAGCGCAAGCGCUCUGCAACCCCCGACCAGAAGGAGGCUGUUCUUUCGAAGCGUCGCACCGACUCUGUCUACUGCUCGCCAAGCAUGCAACCAUCUUCUGCUGGCUCCACUGCGCCCCAUUCCUCCUCCGCUUCGUCGACACCAUCUACUGGCCCGCUCACGUCGACUCCGAACAGCCAUCUGGCGCCCGAGUUUCAGCGUCUCGGUUCCACCAUCCAGGAGCCGCAACCGACGCCGAGCCUCGGGCACCACUCGGCAACUCCUUUUGGUCGCCACUCUCCCCCGAAAUCGCGUUCCGGCAGCCUUUCGCCGAACACACGGGCCAUCUACCAUCUCAGCGUCCCUUCUCCGGUUGCCAAGACGCAGGCCAGCGAGCGUCAGGGUCUCAUCUCUCCCGCCCCCACCCAGCAUAGCGAGACUCGUCUCGUCUCGCCCGGUUCCCAGCGCGUCACGAAUUUUGGACCCGCCGAACAGCUCGCCGACUCAUUUGCCAGGAGGGCACCAGCCAACGAGGCGCCCCCCGCUCUCAACGUCCUUCCGGAACGGCUCGCCCUCACCACAGCCGCGCCGAAGGCCGAAAUCAUCGUGAAGCUGGAAGAAGCCGAGAAACGCUCGGUGUUGGUGCGCAUCGUCCCGGAGUCGAAUCGCGCACUCGUGUCGAAUGGAUCGCUGGCCAGGAUGGUAUCGUGUCCCGUCGCUCCGUGCCGUUCGUCUAUACCACAUAGACUCGAGUGCACGAACCGGGCCUCUCUU